AUGCUAUUCCCCAAGGUGGACGAUGACCUCAAGAGCCCCCUGGGUGAGGAGAGCAGCAAUCCCGAUGGGCUAAUGCCUCGUAUCAUCAUGGCAAUCAAGGAUGCCUUCCCAGAUGUUCUGGUGCUCGCUGACGUUGCUCUCGACCCCUAUAGCACUUCAGGCCAUGACGGCGUUGUCGACGAGGAAACAGGAGUUGUACUUAAUGACAUGACAGUCUACCAAAUUUGCAAACAAGUUAGUUUCCCUGCGGUUGCUCUUUAG